UUCCCUUCACUAGUGUUCGUGAAGGGACUUUUCAUUUGGCGGUUUGCGGACCGGAUGUGCUUUAUACAGAGUAACUGGUAAAUUAAAACAUUUUAAAAACAUUUUAUCACUAUCCUUGGCUGAUUUUCCAGUGAAGAUAUUCAUUCCUGGUAAAUACAAGUCACAAGGCAAACAUGACUGACUUUGCAGUUCUGAACACUGGCCGAAAGAUGCCACUUAUCGGAUUAGGGACAUGGAAGAGUGAGCCUGGAAAGGUGAAACAGGCAGUCAUAUGGGCACUUCAGGCUGGAUAUCGGCACAUCGACUGCGCUGCCAUUUACGGAAAUGAAUCGGAAAUUGGAGAAGCCUUUCAGGAGAUGUUGGGGCCUGAAAAAGCCUUGAAACGAGAAGACGUGUUUGUGACCUCCAAACUGUGGAACACGAAGCACCAUCCUGACGACGUGGAGCCAGCACUGCUCAAAAGCUUGAAAGAUCUGAAGCUGGAGUACCUGGACCUCUACCUAAUUCACUGGCCUUAUGGCUUCCAGCGGGGAGAUAUCGCUUUCCCCCGACAGGAAGAUGGGACCUUACUGUAUGAUGACAUUGACUACAAGGUGACGUGGGCCGCCAUGGAGAAACUCGUGGAAAAGGGACUUGUGAGGGCUAUUGGGCUCUCUAACUUCAACAGCAGACAGAUUAAUGAUAUCCUGUCCGUGGCCAACAUAAAGCCUACUGUUUUACAGGUGGAGGGUCAUCCUUAUCUAGCCCAGGUGGAGCUUCUUGCUCACUGCAGGGAGAAGGGCUUAGUGAUGACUGCCUACAGUCCGCUUGGCUCUCCAGAUCGUGCCUGGAAGAGACCAGAUGAGCCAGUUCUCUUAGAGGAGCCAGUCAUUGCAGCUCUAGCCAAGAAGUACAACAAAUCUCAUGCACAAAUUAUAAUCAGGUGGCAGACCCAGCGAGGAGUCGUGACAAUCCCAAAGAGUGUUACAGAGUCUCGCAUCAAAGAAAAUUUACAGGUUUUUGACUUCACUCUGGAGCCUGAGGAGAUGGACAGCGUGACAGCAUUGAACAGAGGCUGGAGAUACAUCGUGCCAACUAUAACUGUUGAUGGCAAGCCUAUACCAAGGGAUGCAGGACAUCCUUACUAUCCUUUUAAUGAUCCUUAUUAACUGAUAUAUUGUACUGCAGGAUUAUGUGCCUUCCAAGCCCCUUCAGCUGGCAGAGCUGUACACAUAACACAAUACAUGUACACUCCUGGGCAAAAAAUGGGCCAAGCUCAAAAUUGCAAAUUAUUAAGCUUUUAAUGGUCUUAACAAAAAAUCUUUGGUCAGAAAAUUAGCAAGAAUUAAACAAAUGCACUUCUGAGAUCUCCUGUGCCACCAUUUGCUCAUGUACUCUUGCUGCAGUGAACUGUUUGGGGAAAAGCUUGAUUGAUUUGUUAACACCAUUAAAAGCAAAAAAAUUUGCCAUUUUUUUCCCCCCUUGCCCAGGAGUGUACUUUUUUUUUCUUUUUCUUUUUUUUUUUUUCUUUUUUUUGAGGCCCAGUCCAAAUGAACAUCUUAAGUCUCAACCAGAUGCCCUGUGAACCUUUCUGGCAAGCUUUAUUAAAAAUAAAUAAAUAAAACAAACAGUGCACCUCC